CCGAAGCUCCCAUUGUUGCGGGAGCUCUGCUGGCCAACAUUUUCUAAAUAUCCAGCUUGUCGCUGAAAGGAGAUUUUCUGACUGUUUCUCUCUUCGGCUGAAACGAUGGCCUUCAGCGGACAGUUCUUACUGAAAUUUGUCUUCAGUAUUAUUUUUUACAUAAGGGUCUCUGUUGCAGACCUGAGCUAUUCCAUUCAGGAGGAGAUGAGGCCCGGUUCUAUUGUUGGAAAUAUUGCUAAAGACCUCGGAUUGGAAGUGAUAAAAAUCUCCACUCGGAAAGCUCGGAUUGACACAGAGGACAGCAACCAGGAUUACUGUGAUCUUGAUCUAAAGACGGGAAAUUUCAUCAUCAAGAAAAGGAUUGAUAGAGAGGAGCUGUGCAGCGAGAAGGCUUCCUGCGUGUUGAAAUAUGAAUUAGUCUUAGAGAGCCCAUUGGAGCUUCACCGCAUUUAUCUGCUAAUCCAGGAUGUUAACGACAAUAUCCCGGUGUUUCUAAAAGAAACAGUAAAUUUAGAAAUAAGAGAAUCUGCUGUUAAGGGAGCGCGAUAUCGUCUCAACGAAGCGCAUGAUGCAGACAUCGGGCAGAAUACGGUCAAACAAUAUAGUUUACAAAGAAAUGAACAUUUUGUGUUAUCGGUUAGAGAAGAUGCAGAUGGAUCUAAAAACAUUGAGCUGGUUUUAGACAAAGAGUUAGAUCGUGAAAAAAAUAGCGAUUUGAAUUUUGCUCUUAUUGCUGUCGAUGGUGGGAAUCCACAGAGAUCAGGGACAACAAAUAUACACGUCACUGUUCUGGACGCUAAUGAUAAUGCGCCCGUGUUUGAUCAGGCCGUUUAUAAAGCAAGUCUAUAUGAAAACUCACCCCUUAAUACAGUCGCAUUAACUGUUAGAGCGACAGAUGCAGAUGAGGGGGUUAAUGGGGAGGUAACGUACGAAUUUAGUCGAAUCCCAGACAGAGCUAAAAGAAUGUUUUCUCUAAACAACAAGACAGGAGAAAUAAAAGUAAUUGGAGGUCUAGAUUAUGAGAGUUAUUCUAAGUAUGAAAUGCGCAUUGAUGCUAAAGAUGGUUAUGGACUUUCAUCUGACUCUAAAGUAAUUAUUGAAAUCACAGAUGUGAACGACAACAGUCCUUUAAUUCAUGUGAAAUCUCUGAUGAACCCAGUAACAGAAAACAUUCCGCUUGGUACUGAGGUAGGCAUCGUUAAUGUGCAGGACAGAGACUCUGGUGUUAAUGGAGAGGUCCGGUGUUCUAUUGAACAGAAGGUCCCUUUUAAAUUGGUUCCUUCCAUUAAAAACUAUUAUUCUCUGGUCACGACAGGACAACUGGAUCGUGAAUUAGUUUCUAAUUAUAACAUUACAAUCACGGCCACUGACGAGGGCUCUCCACCUCUGUCUUCCUUUAAAACUGUUCAGUUGUCCGUAAGUGAUAUGAAUGACAACCCACCUGAGUUUGAGGAACAGUCCUACAGCGCAUAUGUGAGUGAAAAUAACAAACCUGGAUCCACUUUAUGUGUCGUUUCGGCUCUAGAUCCUGAUUGGAGACAAAAUGGUACAGUGAUUUAUUCUCUGUUACCUGGAGAGAUAAACGGGGUCUCAGUUUCAUCUUAUUUAUCUGUAAAUGGAGACACGGGAGCCAUUCAUGCUUUAAGGUCGUUUGAUUAUGAACAGUACAGAAGUUUUAAAGUGCACAUCAUGGCCAGAGACAAUGGUUCUCCUCCACUCAGCAGUAAUGUGACUGUCAGUGUGUUCAUAUCGGAUGUGAAUGACAACUCUCCUCAGAUUCUGUAUCCCGCCCCGGAAGGAAGCUCCUUCAUGACUGAGCUGGUCCCUAAAGCUGCACAUGGAGGAUCUCUGGUCUCCAAAGUCAUAGCAGUGGAUGCAGAUUCUGGACAAAACGCCUGGCUGUCCUAUCAUAUAGUCAAAGCCACUGAUCCUGGACUUUUCAGCAUUGAUCUGCACAGUGGAGAGAUCAGGACACAGCGGGACAUUUUAGAAUCUGACAGCAUGAAACAGAACCUGAUUGUUGCAGUGAAAGAUAACGGACAGCCCUCUCUGUCUGCCACCUGUUCCAUGUAUUUACUUAUUUCUGAUAACUUGGCUGAGGUGCCAGAACUGAAAGAUAUUUCUUAUGAUGAGAAGAACUCCAAACUGACUUCAUAUCUGAUCAUUGCGCUGGUUUCUGUGUCCACCUUCUUUCUAACCUUCAUCAUCAUCAUACUUGGUGUGAGGUUUUGUCGCAGAAGAAAGCCCCGACUGUUGUUUGAUGGAGCAGUUGCCAUCCCCGGAGCUUAUCUUCCUCCAAAUUAUGCAGAUGUCGAUGGCACAGGGACUUUACGCAGCGCUUACAAUUAUGACACAUACCUGACAACAGGAUCCAGAACCAGUGACUUUAAGUUUGUAUCUUCUUACAAUGACAACACGCUGCCUGCUGACCAGACACUGAAGAAAUGUUCAACAGAUUUUUCUGCUAUAUUUGGAGACGCUGAUGCCUCUCCCGAGGUAGGAACAUUUCAGUGUUUUAAACUCCUUUUAAAGCAAAAAUGUUGA